AUGGAAAGGUCAGCAGGGGUCCCUUUCCACUACGACAUGUACACUAUGCCAUUUCAUCCUGCCCACUCUCUACACCCACAACGAAUGCCCCAUAUUGCUGAAAAAUCCAUCCACAACACAAUUUCCCAGGUGGGUAAGCACUACCCUCACAAUGAACAUGGAGGCUUGGAUACCCAGCGCCUAAUGCACACACAUGUCAGUGAGAAGUCUAUGCAUGGGGACAUGAGUGGUGGAAGAGCCCAGUACUCACACACAGCACCUCAUAGUUCACAUGGGCAUCCACGCAUGGUUCCAAUCUCAGAGAAAUCGGUCCAUCACCACCAUCAUCACAACAGUGGCGGGGGUGGUGGUGGUGGAGGUGGUGGUGGUGGAGGAGGAGGAGGAGGUUCCAGCACCAACAGCACUAGUGAUAUGUCUACAAAACACCUCCAUCAUAGGCAUGGUUCAUCAUCACAUUCUCAUGGCACGUCACCCCACACUCAUGUCUCGCACCGGAUGUCACAUGCAGCAGAAAAGUUGAUGAUGAACUCUACUCCCCCACCCAGUAGUGGAGGGGGAGGAGGAGCUAGCAGUUCUGGUAAACAUUAUUCUCAUGAACAUACCGUUCAGAUUGCUCAGCGUAUGUCUCAUCUUAGUAGCACUAGUAGUAGUAAUAGUAGUAGUAGUACUGGCAGUGAGAAGGCACCCCAACAUCAUAAUUCCUCUAUGCAAGCAAAACCAUAUACUCAUGCAAGCUGCCAAGAGACACCAACACAUCAUCGAAUGUCACAUGUCCCAGAUAAACCAUUGCAGCAUGAUGGCAGUGGCUUCCCAUCAAAACAGAUUUCAUCUUCACAUCCCCACCAACAGGGUUUGGACAAAGAACGAAUGACUCCUAACAGUCAUAAUAAUAACAGUAACCAGAGCAGCAUGUCCACAAACCAGUUCUCACCCCCUCCUCAGCAAACAAUAGAAUCCCCACCUCGUAUACCCUACCUCGGUCAGAAUGUAUUCCCAAGCAACAUGUACUCCAGCAAUCAGUAUUCGCAACCAUGUUACACGAAUACUUCCUCAGGGCCAGAUCGGACUCCAAUGAACAUGGACAGUGGUCCCUCUCCUGAAGAUGUGUCCCAAAAGAGCCUCCCUUCUAUUGAGAAACCAUUCCAGGAAGACAUGAGCCCCAAGACAUAUGACAAUGUGAACAAGCCACAAAAACAGUCAACCGCUAUUGCGCCACUGAAGCAGUUGUACUGUGAUUACUGUGGCAAAAAGUUUGCACAGGAGUACCUGAUGCACAUGCACAGGCGGAAGCACACUGGGGAGAAGCCCUUCCAGUGCGAGUUUUGUCAUAAGUUUUUUUCACGCCGUGAUGUCCUGAAGCGUCAUCGGAAAGCACACAUUGACAAGAAUGAAUUCAUGGAGCAGAGUUUGGGACAGAACAUGAGUGACAAUGUCACCUUGCACCCAGCUGUCAUGCCACCUGAAAUGCACCCUGAUUCGUCUUCAUACCUAAACUCUUCACCACCGCCCAUGACCUCACCACCGCCCAUGACCUCACCACCGCCCAUGACCUCACCACCACCCAUGACCUCACCACCACCCAUGUCCUCACCACCAAUCUCAUCCACACCAAUCUCAUCCCCCCCUAUGCCCUCACCUACACCUCCAAUGCAGCCACAACACCAACAUCUCCAGACCCCACUUCAGCAGAAAAAUCUAGUUAUCGUUUCUAGGAAUCUCUCUUUUUUUUGCUCUUUCCCCAAUUCAUACUUUCCUUUUGUCUUGCUUUCUCACUCUUGUGUCAUCCUCUCUUUUGCCUUUUCUUCUAUUCUUUCUCUCUUCUGUGUCCCUCCCUCUUUACUCAACUCAUUCUUUCUCUUCACACAGUUCUUUCUUUCUUUCUCAUUGUUUCUCUCUUUCGCUUAUUACAUUAACUCUUUCCCUCUUUUACUUCCAAUUUUCUCUCUCAUUUCUUUCUCAUGUCUUUGUCUCUCUAUGAUUCUUUUGUUAUAUGUUCAUUCUUUUCUCUCUCUCUCUCUCUCACUCUCUCUCCUUAAUUCUUUUUAUUUUUCACUCUCUCUUUCUUUUUUUGUCUUUUCUUUCUUCUUUUUUUAUUCUCCAUCUCUCUGCCUCUUCUUUUUACCAUUUUCUCUAUUUCCCCUGUUCUCUCUCACUCUUUCUCCCUCUUGUUUCUUCUUUUUUUUUUUUUUUUACUCCUACAAUUUAAAUGCUUCUCCCACCAUCUCUUUCUGUUUUGUGUUUCUUUCUUUAUUCUCCCAACACCACUUUUUAUAA